CAUUUCAGACCUCUGGACAUAAUUUCCCUCAUUGAAUGUUUGUACAUAAACAAGGAAAAAAACAGGAAGGGCUGUGAUCACUUGCUUGUUAACUGAGUAAAUUGUCCCAAAUUGACUAACUUUGCAGCCAAAAUAAGCAGAGCUUUCCUAUUUUUACAUAUUUGAUUUACAGCUUGUUUGCUAAAGAACCGUUAGAGUUCUUAAUCUCAGCUUUAAAUGCCCCGUUCUCAUAAACACACUUCUAUGCUCUUUUCUCUGUAGAUAUGUAUCUCUAAGCUCAGUGGUGCUCAUCCCAUAGCCUGGAGAUGUUAGCUGUCCAACACUACAACAGUUCAGCCCUGGAUGUGAAUGAAGGGUUCAGCAAUCAGACCCAGCAGGUGCCUGGAGUGGCACCGGUGUGCUGCAGGGAAAACCUGAACAUCACAACCGACCCCACGGCAGCGGGCCUGUCCAUGACCCUGGGCAUCGUGUCCAACAUCGUAGCACUGAUCAUCCUGGUUAAAGCGUACGCUCGUCUGCGGAAGCGCUCCAAAGCAACAUUCCUGCUGUUCGCCAGCUCUCUGGUGGCUACGGACCUUGCCGGUCAUGUUAUUCCAGGUGCCCUGGUUCUGCAUCUCUACAUGUCUGGCACCGCUGGAGGACUUUGUUACCAACCCGAUGCCACCUGCCAUUUCCUGGGCGGCAGCAUGGUGUUCUUCGGCCUGUGCCCGCUGUUUCUGGGGUGCGUUAUGGCGGCGGAGCGGUGCAUGGGUGUGACGCAGCCUCUCCUGCACGCCCGUGUAAUUUGCAUGGCCCACACCAAGAUGGUGCUGGUGAUGAUAUGGCUGUUGGCUUUAUCUGUAGCGCUGCUGCCCUUCUUUCGCCUGGGAACAUACACCUACCAGUUCCCGUGGACCUGGUGCUUCAUAAACGUGUUAGACAAUACCAGCAUCACAGACGUGAUAUUUGUGCUGCUGUUUUCUGGACUGGGACUGGCCGCGCUGGCCGUGGCACUGGUCUGCAACACCAUCAGCGGGGUGACACUGGUGAACGCCCGUCUGCGCAGAAAGAAGUGCCACCGCAGAUCGGCUAAAUCACAUGACAUUGAGAUGGUGGCACAGCUGGUGGGCAUUAUGGUCACUUCUUGCAUCUGCUGGAGCCCUCUGCUGAUCUUCGGUCUGAUGUCAGUCAUCCGCUCGUACAGCUGGGGGAUGAUGGGGGAUGAUCUGAAAAACUACAGGACUUUAAUGGUAAUGGGAGUGCGUCUGGCCUCCUGGAACCAGAUUCUGGACCCCUGGGUCUAUAUCCUUCUACGCCGGGCCGUCCUCAGAAAGAUCUACCGCAUAACCACCUGCCGCAGUAACCGAAUAGGGAGCACAUUCCGGCGGUGGGAGAUCAGCUCCUUCCAGAACUCAGUGAAAAGCACAAUUAAUCGGAACUGAUGGAGGGAUUCCAGAGUAUGAGUUCUACCACAUGGAAGAGACUUGGAAAAGGGAAAAAAUAGGAUGUUAUUAACCAAAAUCGUUGUAGUGCAGCAUUACUGAAGGCAGAUGUAAGUUCCUAUUGCUUAAAUGGUGGAUGAAGAAGCAGCACACUGGAAGUUGUAAUGCAAGCGAUGCUCUAGAACCGCAGAAACUUCAAUAAGCAUUAUGAUUGAGCACAGUGGGGUUCUGGAAGGAAAAAUCCCAUUAAUUUUCUCCAUAAAGAAAUUGACUUUAACAAUAAUGUAUAAAGUUUCAAGACAGACCUUCCAUUUGUUUUACAUUUAAAUUGCCAAAUUUUGGGUUUUUCAUUUGCAAAUUCCUUACCAUGCCACAAAAAUAUGUAUAAAAAAUGUGUAUGUAUUUGAAUGAAUUUUAUACAUAGCAAUGAAAUAUAUUGUAUUUUACACUAUCAUUAUUGAUUUAUAGCCCAUAAUUUCAUACGUUACCAUUGUUUAUUAUUUAUUUACAUCAUUCACAAUGCUUCAUGGUAUGAGUAACUCAUUCUGUCAUAAAAUAAUUAAGUACACAGUCUUGUACUUUUGUUUCAUAUCCAUUUCAAAUACUGUUUUGCCAUGGUUUGUAUUGUUGAUGGAAAUCCUAAACCUCUAUUGAAGAGUUUUCUAGAAUGCCUAUGGAGAAAAUGAACGGGAGGAUAGUUCUGGAACCAAGGCUGCUGAAAAAGUUGGCAGUCACAGUUGCACUCCGUAGAGUGAGUCUGAUAAAUGAAUGUGAAAUGGACUGCAAACAUGCAUGUCACCUCAAUUAUUAUUAUUAUAUUAAAA